GGAUAUAUGAAGUAUAUUUUUUUAAAUGGAAUCAUAUCUUUUUGAUUGCUUCGUAUAUCGAAAAAUUAUUAGUUUAGGAGAUAUUUCCCUGUUAAGUUCUUAUUACGAAAGAAAAAUCUUUCGGGUUUUUAUCUUUCAACUUCGUACAUUGGCGGCUGUUAAUAGUUCUUAUAUAUCUUAUUUCAAAUAAAUAAAAUAAAAUUUACAUAAUUAUAAAUAAAAAAUUUUAAUGAUUUUAUUAUAGUUACGUUACCUGUUACAAAAGAAAAAAGAAAAAUUUCAAUUAUAAAAAUUAAUAACAAAAUCGAUUUUAUUAUAUCGAUAUUGUUGCAAUAUUUAAAUAAAUAAAAAAUAAAUUACAUUUCAAAAUGGUAUUUGUUUCAAGUCUCUACGAUUUUUCAUUCAGAAGAUAUCGCCUAUGAAAGAUUUCCAUUCGUAAUUCAUAUAAUACCUGCUGUUCGUAGUAGUAGUAGUGGUAGUAAUGACGCGUAAAUUCUCAGAAUUUAUAUAGGUUAGUGUGUCGCCUAGAGUCAAUUGAAUGAAAUUACUAAGUUCAAUGAAUCAACGUAAACAUCUUCCACUUACAUGGAAAUAUCUCUCUAACUAAAAGUUAUAAAUACUUAAAUCAAAUACGAAGAUUCCUGUUUUAUCGAUCGAAAAAAUCUUGCUAAUAGUAGAUUUUUGUUUUAGCGAUCGAGUAAUAAUACUAGAUAAUAGUAGAUUCCUCUUUUAACGACCCGAUUAAAUUCGUCGGUAUUAAAACAUUUCUGAGUAAAAAACUAACGAUAAUAAUAAUAUACUGGUUUCAUUUAUUGAGCAGAUAAUAGUAUAAGAUAAUAGUAAUAUUUUAUCUAUUGUAUAGAAGCAUUUGAUAAUUGUAGAACACUGUUUUUUUGAUCUCAUUGAUAAUGGUCGGUAAUAGUAUAUACUUGUAAAAAAUUUAAACAGGAUAUGUUUAAAUCUAUCUGAUCAGGAAAAUUAUCGAUCCUUAAGGAUUUGUACAUGCGCAUGAACUAUAGACAUGCGCCGUAAAGCGAUUUAGGAGUGAAAACGGUGAUCGCACAAAGAUGAGCCCAGGAUUGGGUCACGAUCCUUUGCCUUCGUAUAACGCCACAGCGAUAGGUAAUACCGCACUGUGCCUAUGGCAACAGCCACAACACAUAUUGUUCCAAUUAGCAAAUUUCUGCUUUGCACUCUCUUACUCGGCACCGUCCUCAAAGAAGGGUAUAUUGUUUAUGCACUCCGUUUUAAUCGUUGGUUUCAUGCUGCUGUCCGGAUGGGCAUGGCACGUGAUCUGUGCACCAGAUAUCUUUUCUUGGAACUUUACCUUUUUAUUGUUAAAUAUUGGACAAUUGGUUUAUAUUGUUUAUCAAAUGAGACCAGUCAGAUUCGAUCCUGAAUUAGAGGAGGUCUAUCAUACACUUUUCUAUCCGUUUAAAGUAUCAAGGGCGCAAUUUAAAAGACUAGUAUCCCCAGAACUCGCAACAGUGAUGUCCCUUCAUGCUGGUGAAGCAUAUGCAAUGCAAAACUUAACUAAAACGGACAGGCUGGGUUUAUUGCUCAGUGGUAGGGUCAACGUUCUUAGUGACACCAACUUUUUACAUCCAAUUCUACCCUGUGAAUUUUUAGACUCACCAGAAUUCGAAAGUUCUAGAGCAUCCAGAGACGAUAAAUUUAAGGUCUCGAUAGUUGCGGCCAAUUCUUGUAGAUACGUUUAUUGGCAAAGAUCGGCCUUGGAGUAUCUCCUCGUUAAAGAAGCUUAUCUCGCAACUGUCUUAACGACUUUAGUUGCAAGAGACAUUGCAACAAAAUUAUAUGCAAUGAACAAUAAGAUAGUUACAGAAAAAGGCUCGCAUUUGGAUAUUCGAUUGCCUACUAUUAACGCUGGGAUAGGGCUCAGUGGUGAUCAUAGAAGUCCACGAACGUCUAGACAAACUUUGAUACAUAGAAAAGAUACCAAUCUUACGUCCAACAAUGUGGCUGGUGCUAAACCAAAAGAAAGAAUGACGAAUAAUCUAACUAAAAAGGGUGCACCUAACAUGGAACCCCUGCCGGAAUUACCGUCCUGCGAUGAUCUCGCUUCAAGUGGUGUAGAAAGUUGGUUGGAUUCAUCCAGCAAAUAUCAUAGUUGUGAAAUUGUUGAUGAGGAGUGACGGUACGCUUAUCAUGCAAGCUACCAUUGUCCAAUGGACGAGCAAAAAUGCAUCGAACCUAAUUGUCUCCUUUACGAAAUGAUUACGCGAGAAGUUUAACGACAUUGGCCGAAGAGGCCGAAGAGAAAGAGGUAGGGAGAGAGGAAAAGGAGGAGGAGGAGGAGGAGGAGGAGGAGGAAGAAGGAAUACAUUAUAGAAUGUAAACAUUAAAAAAAAAAAAAGAAAAAAAAAGAAAAAAAAAUGAGAAGAAAGAAAAAAAACAAAUAGGAGUACGACAGAAGACUGCAAAUUUUUUCAAUUACCAGGUAGAAGUUAACUUUGUCACGUUGCGUAAAAAUAUGCACCAAACUAAUUUAUAACUUCAGAAUGGAUAUACUCAACCAAUCAACAACGAUUGGAAACGUGGAUUAUUACGUUUGUAAUGAAAACGGAAAAAUGUAAAAAUAAUUAAUAAUUCAAUCGACGGCCGUUGCAAUUGUUUUGCUGUGUGCUUUUAGAUAGAGAGAAAGAAGUUUGUUAAUGGAGAUAUAUAUAUGUAUGUAUAUGUACAUAUAUAUUUUAUUAUAUCCAAUUGUGAACAGAUAUGCAAUGAGAUGGUCAAUACUAAGAAAGAUAAAUUGAUAUGUAUAUGUAUAUAUAUAUAUGUAUGUAUACGUAUAUAUAUAUAUAUAUAUAUACAUGUGUCUAUGUGGUUAAAUUGCACGACGAACGAGCUCAUCAUUAGCAAUAAAUAAUUUAACAAAUUCGUACGGUCUCUUGUGGUUAAUAUAUGCCGACCGAUCGACUGUUCGAUCGAUUCGUUUUUGGUCUACACGGUAUAGCAUCUAUAAUAAUACAUCGUUUUGUUGUAAUAAACGGUUUAAAUAAUAA